CUAGUCCACUCGCAAGUUCGCAAACCCACAGGACCCGCAAUCCCCUGAACCCCUCCUGCGCCGCCGCCGCUGCCCACUUCGAGAGCUCCCAGCACCGCCGACAGACGCCGACCCGUCCUGUCCUCGUUUGAGCUCCAGGGUUGGGUUGGACCGGCGGAGGAGGACCAAGAUGGUGGCGAUUAGAGUUCCCAGGAGCAUGCGCGCCAAGCGCGAGCUCCUCAAGCACGCGCCCAAGCUCGUUGAGAAUGGCAAGAAGAUGCUUAUUCUCCAUGGUACAAAGACUAGUGCAGUUUUGAAUUCUGUGCUGGCAGAUAUUUUUCACCUCAAGCGUGAUCAUGCUGUGAAGUACACCAAGAAGAACGACAACAUCAGGCCAUUUGAGAGCGGGGGUGAAACUUCUCUGGAGUUCUUCUCCCUUAAAUCUGACUGCAGUCUUUUAGUGUAUGGUUCUCAUUCAAAGAAGAGGCCCAACAAUCUUGUUCUGGGAAGGACUUAUGAUCACCACAUAUACGACCUUGUUGAAGUAGGAGUUGAGAACUACAAAUCCAUAGAAUCAUAUGCAUAUGAUAAGAAGCUGGCACCAAAACUUGGGACAAAGCCUUUCUUUGCCUUCAUUGGGGAGCACUUUGAGAGUGUUGAAGAGCUGAAGCAUUUGAAGGAAAUGCUGCUUGAUCAUUUCAAAGGAGAGGUGGUAGAGAAUCUGAACCUUUCCGGUGUAGGUCGGAUAUUUGUUUGCACAGCAAUUUCUCCUACCACUGUCUACAUGAUGCACUGUGCUCUCCGUCUAAAAAGGUCAGGGACAUCUAUUCCUAGAAUGGAGCUGGUUGAAGUGGGGCCUUCAAUGGAUCUGGUAGUUAGACGGCACCGUUUUCCAGCUGAAAGUUUACAGAAAGAAGCUAUGAAGGCUCCUGGUCAUGCUAAGAAGAUGAAAAAUGUCACGAAGGAUCCAAUUGAGGGCAAGCUGGGCAGGGUCUACAUUCCAGAUCAGGAGCUUGGAAAAAUGACCUUAACAAACGACAUAAAGGGGCUGAAGCGGGAGCGCCGUGACGCCAAGAAAAAUAAGGAGCACUCAAAGAAGCAAAAGGUUAACAACCCUGAGUGAAAACAGUAGGCUACUCCGGGUAACUCUUCAGUGGCAGCUGUUGUAUUAAGCCAAUCUGAUGUAAGAUUGAGGCGUAAUGUUUUGACGGUAAGAUCGACCGGUAACUAGUCCAGUACCAUCUUCUAGGCUAUAAAAAAGGUUUGCAGCCUUGCAGGAAUCGACUUCCUCAUCAAUAUUGCGCCAGCCCAUCGAGCAGACAUAAGCAUGGAUCGUUUUUUUAGCAAGUAUUUUAUUUUACAAUUGUUGUUUGUUAGUCCUGAUGUUAGCCGAGCAGUGAUAGUUCCAUCCGUGUAAGCAAUGACAUGGUCAAAUUUGGCAAUCAAGCUUUUUCUGAAUCCGCA